AUGGAGUCCUACGACAUCAUCGCCAACCAGCCUGUGGUCAUCGACAAUGGUUCAGGGGUGAUCAAGGCUGGUUUUGCAGGAGACCAGAUUCCUAAGUACUGUUUCCCAAACUAUGUCGGAAGGCCCAAGCACAUGCGGGUUAUGGCUGGAGCCCUGGAGGGGGACCUCUUCAUUGGACCAAAAGCAGAGGAGCACCGGGGGCUGCUGACCAUCCGCUACCCCAUGGAGCAUGGCGUGGUGCGAGAUUGGAAUGACAUGGAGCGCAUCUGGCAGUACGUCUACUCCAAGGACCAGCUACAGACCUUCUCCGAGGAGCAUCCUGUUCUUCUCACGGAGGCCCCGCUGAACCCCAGUAAGAACCGGGAGAAGGCAGCAGAGGUGUUCUUUGAGACCUUCAAUGUUCCUGCACUGUUUAUCUCCAUGCAGGCCGUGCUCAGCCUGUACGCAACGGGACGCACAACAGGCGUGGUUUUAGACUCGGGGGACGGGGUCACUCACGCUGUCCCCAUCUAUGAGGGCUUUGCCAUGCCACACUCCAUCAUGCGGGUAGACAUCGCAGGCCGUGACGUCUCUCGAUAUUUGAGGCUGCUGCUGCGCAAGGAAGGAGCUGACUUCCACACCUCGGCUGAGUUUGAGGUGGUCCGGACCAUCAAAGAGCGAGCCUGCUACCUGUCCAUCAACCCACAGAAGGACGAGGCUCUUGAGACUGAGAAGGUGCAGUACACUCUUCCAGAUGGCAGCACACUUGAUGUGGGGCCUGCGCGCUUCCGAGCCCCCGAGCUGCUCUUCCAGCCAGACCUGGUGGGGGAUGAGAGUGAGGGGCUCCACGAAGUCCUGGCCUUUGCCAUCCACAAGUCUGACAUGGACCUUCGCCGGACACUGUUCUCCAAUAUUGUGCUCUCGGGGGGCUCAACACUCUUUAAAGGCUUUGGAGACAGGUUACUAAGUGAAGUGAAGAAGCUCGCCCCAAAGGAUGUUAAAAUCAAGAUCUCAGCUCCUCAGGAACGGCUGUACUCCACGUGGAUCGGCGGCUCCAUCCUCGCCUCCCUGGACACCUUUAAGAAGAUGUGGGUAUCCAAAAAGGAAUAUGAAGAAGAUGGCUCCCGUGCGAUUCAUCGCAAAACCUUCUAAUGCCCAAGGAGAGUGGACAUAUUGGGAGAGAGGGAGGAAAGGGGAGCCAGAGCCCUUGACCCCUUUUGGUCUGGGUUCAUCUUGUAGGCCUAGGGUCCCCUGCAUGCCCUCACCCGGGAGCAGGUGGCGCAGUUAUGCUCGCCUGUAGCCCUCCCUGCCCCUGUGCUCAACAUACACACACAGACACAGUGACGAUUAGCUGCAUGGAUGGAAGUCCCAAGCUGGAGCAUAGGAAUCGAAGAAUCCAACACUGAGUUGGUGUGGACGACCCUCUCAGCAAGGCCACUUGGGCCUGUGGUUCCUUGCUCCGUGCUUGAAGCUCCGAGACCAGACACUCAUGCUCCUUUGUUCUGACAGCUCCCACUGGGGCGAGAGUCCCUCCGUCAUUGGAGUGGGCUGAGGGAGCAGCCAGGAGCUCCCACUGGGGUGGCGAGGCACACUGGUGUGUUUCAUGCCAAUUUCCUCGUCUUGCACACCUGGUUUUUCUGGGCAAAUGUCCUAGACAGGACUAAGGAACAGUUCUCCAUUCCCAGUGAGGGAAUGUGGCCAAGGGUCAGAGCAUCAGAGCCAUGGGCAGCCACAGCUUGUGGUCUGCCCCUCCCCCUUUCAAAGCACUACAUUGAUUUGCUGCCCUUCCCCCCCUUUCCCUCGGCACCCUGGACAGUAAGGGAUUGUGGUCUUGAUUUGCUGAGGGAAAGCCAAUCAGGAGUCAGACCCAAAGGGUAGGCAUGUCCUCACCUCCCUCAAGAAAGGCCAGGGCCCCACUUCCCUCUCCAGAGCUGAACAAUAAUUUAACACAGUUGCCUGAAAAAUAAUUCUUUUUAUAAAUCAUUAUAGUAAUAAUUAUGGCUAAAGCCCAAUGUGUGGCUCUGAUUCUUGUGGCUUUCUGUGCUCUCGUUUGCUCAACUCAUCCCAGAGGGAACUCAGCAUGACACUGGCAUAGUUCAGGAGCCCAAAGCCUUCAGUGGUUGGCAGGGCAACGGGACAAGCGAGGCCAGCCUCAUUACCCACUUGCCGUGACCUGCUAGGGGAGGCAGAGCCAGGCUGCCUUCCCUGCAUGUUCCUAGACAGGGCUGCCAUGUGUGCCCCACAUCUAACACAGGCCUGCAGAGGCACGCAGGUGCUGGCAGUGGUGCAGACUUACCAGCCUAGGGCAGGAUGAGAAGGGCAGCCUAGGAGUGGACCGGAGUUCACAGGAGGAAGCAGAACAACCAGGAAGUCCUGCUAGCAGUGAGAGCUCAACCAGUAGAGAAGUCUGCUUUUAGUACCUAUUGCACGACAUGGCUCUGAGCUGAUGGAGAACAAAAGGGCUUUGCCCCAAAUAGCAUUGAACUCAAGAGGAGAAAGAUACCAGCCAUUCUGGAACAGUGUUGGGCUGACAGUGCUGGGGUUGAGCCAACAGGUGGGAUAUGCUGGCUUGUAAGAACCUGGGUCAGUUGGUAGUUAGGGAGAGGCCUUUGACAGUUGGCAGGGGAAGGUAAAUUGGUCUGUGGCACAGUGACAUAAACCAAAGAGGUCAGUUAGGCUAGCUAGCAUGUCGAGGGUCUAGAGAAGGUGGUUUAGCUGUGUGCUAGGUGACAGUUUUCACUAUGGAAAGAUAGCGACCAGAGCCGAGUGCUGAAAGCUAUAAGCCACAGUACUGAUCAAGUAUCUGUGCGGUCACGUGGUCAAGCAUAGCAUCAAAGUUUACACAGAAACCUUUGCUAAGGGACCCUCCAAGCCGACCCUUGUGCAGGGUUCUGCUGGCGGCACCGGCUCCCAGCCGCCUGUGUCUGGAACCUUACUGCUGAGUUCCUCCCUCUCACAUGCACCCCACCUUGUCAGUCAUGUCUGCGUCUCCUGCAGCCCCUUUGCUACCCGUCCUUUCCCAUUAGGGCUACCCCAGCCUAGCUCAUGACCCUGCUCCAUUCUGCCACCCAGUGUGUUUGCUCUCAUAAUCUAUUGUGCGGGUAACACCUCAAAUCUGUAACGAGUUAUAAGCCAUACAAUAAAAUAUUCAUGAGUCCUUAC